ACUCUUGACUUUUUGGCGGGAACACGGGAACGCGAGGAGUGAAGCUGUGUGUGCGUGUGUGAUUUGUUAUUUUAUUUUUGUCUAUUUAGUAUCUAGUGUUUCUUCAGGUUUAAAUGUGUAAUGACGGUGGUUUAUUAACUGUUUAGUAUCUCUGAAAGUGCACAAAUGUGGGAAAAUGAAACAAAGCCGCUGGACGUAGCUUCUCGAGAUCCUCCAAAAAGUCCACUGAAAAAGGCUCAGUUAAUAAUCACCAUUUUACUGAGAUUAUAUUUCAUAUCAUACCAUCUCAUCUCAUUCCAUUUCGUGCCAUUUUUAAUAUUAAUCAACUUCUUUUCAUUUCAUAAUACAUAUUAUUAUCAUUUUUACAUAUAAAAAAAGUUUCAUUAAAAUUAAAAUAAGACUUGACCUAAAAGUCUUAGUUACCAGGUCAUAAAAUCUCUAUAAACUAAAAAUAUUACACUCUUCAGAGCAUUUAAAAAAAUGGUUUGAAUUAACGAACAAGGACCAAAUACAUAAAAAAAAAACCUAUACCACAAUCUAAAUUAUAAAACCACAAUCAUACAUACAUACUCAUUAGAACAAAACAAAAAACUGUUCCAUGUGUUUGAUAGUUUAAUAAUGGAUUUUUCUACAAUUAGCAAUAAGACGAGCUGCACCGAAGUGGAAGAUGUUACAAAUGGUGAAUUGACUGAACGUUAUUAUUUACUCAAAAAACAAUACGAAGGUCUUUCCACCAAUUAUGAAUCUACAAAACAAGAAUUAUACGAUACCAGACGUAGCUAUCAGACCGCUUUGGAUAUACAGAGUCACUUGAAUGCCGAAUUAGAAGGUUUGCAGGCCGAUGAAGCAAAACGAAGAACCGAGUUGAAUUUACGAAUAAGUAGCCUUCAAGAAGAAAUGUGUUCUUUAAGAACGGAACGUUCAGAACAUCAAGAGCGACACGCUCUCGAAGUCAAAGUAUUAGAAAAAGAAAUUCGAGAUUUGAAGGAUCAGCAAAAAUUGAAAAUGCGUGAGAGUCCUGAGCGCGAUAACAGUGAAUUGGAUGAAGCGCGAACGGCACUGACUUCGGCUUUAAAUGAUGCUGCCGAAGUGAAAACAGCGCUGGAAGAAGCUCGCCAGGAAGUCGUCUCGUGGAAGAUGAAAGUAGAAGAAUUAGUGUCGGAGUUAUCGGAAAUGCGCGCUGCAGCGGAAAUCCGAAGAGAAGAAAUGAAAGCAGCCAAUGAACGUGAAGCUGUGGUUCUAGCGGAUCUGGCAGAGGCGAGGGCUAUGCUUCAUCAGUGUACAGAUUCGCAGGACCUACAGCCCCAUGCUGCAAAAGGAAAUUCAAUAUUUGCUGAAGUAGAAGAUAAGAGACAAGAGAUGGCAAAAAACCUCAUACAGAUGAAGCAUACAAAUACAAGGCUACGUAGAGAGCUCGCCAACAAGCAAGCUGAAGUGGAUGCAUUACUACAUGAGAAGCAAAAUAUAUGGGAGCAACAGGUCGGUGCUGCUGCCCAUUUUGAUAGAGAACUAAUUGAAAGCUAUGAAGAGAGAAUUACCCAGCUGGAAGCGCUGUGCGAGCGUCAGAGGCGUGAACUUGCCCGUUGGUUUAGCAAGUUAUCUGAACCAACUUCUCAAAGUUGGCUUCCUGGUGUCAUGGACCAUUUGAAAUCUGAAUGUGAGCGUUUGCGAGCCGAAGUACUAUCUCGAGGCGCUGCCCAGCUCGCAAGUGCUGCUCAAGUCAGAGAACUGCGCAGGAAAAUAGCUCAUCUAUCGGCCAAUCCAAAUAAAAGUAUCACUUCACCUAAACUCGAUUAUAGACCCAACGAAAAAGAAAAUAAAGACGUUCUCGGCUCAGCAAAACACAAUGUACAAGUCAAAAGCAAAAUCAAUCCAGACGAUGUUAAGAAGAAAGUUUCUUUUAAUUAGUUUAAUCUCAAAAUUUUAUUUGGUAAAUGCGAAAUAAAUUAUGUACUGCAUUAAUGCGUAGCAGGCGGUUUUAUCACAAACAGAAGAAGUUUCAAGAAUUUCCGGUGGACAAAAGUAUGCAAAUUAAAAAAAAAAGUUUUGUUUUUUAUUUAAUAUUUAUUCAUGUUAUAAUAUUUUCAGACUUUCGUACGAUAAUAUAAUAUGAAUUAAUUUGUUAUCAAAGUAUUUCCGUUGAACAACAAAGCAAUCUAAACAGUUACAACAGAUCUAAAUCUAAAAUUAUUAAAAGUACCAAUAAAAAUAGCAAUGAUCAAUGUAAAAAUUCACAUUAAAUAUAUAAAAACUGAA